AUGACUACAGCCAAGAUCAGGGUGUUCGCCAAGGAUGGGACUCACACCCUAUGCCGAGCUCUCCUUGACACUGCAUCUACGGCCAAUUUUAUCACGAGCGAACUGGCAAAUAAACUGCAGUUGCGCAAACGGUACUGUCCCGUUCCGGUCAGAGCCCUGAAUUCAUUACACACAACCUGCAAUUACUACACACAAGCUCGAAUCCAAUCAACCCACAACAAUCUUACUAAAACACUCGACUUCUUUAUCACGAAUUCAAUCUCAACAUUCACACCAACCAACACCAUCAACCGCGAGCACGUCACCGUACCUCGGAACAUCAAGCUGGCUGAUCCGGAAUUCCACAAGGCAGCCACGAUAGACAUGCUCCUCGGAUCAGGCCCAACCUUAUCAUUGCUAAGUGUCGGACAAAUCAAGCUACCGUCGGGCCCAAAGACCGACCUCAUCCUGCAAAAAACACAGUUAGGCUGGGUCAUCGGCGGGAGCGUUCCGAGUGGCGUCAAACAACGAUCCCAACCCUUCGAGACAUUCAAUUUACAGAUUGAAUUAGACAAAUUCUGGAAGAUCGAAGAGGGCAGCAACGAGCAACACCUGACUGUCGAGGAACAGGCAGCCGAAGACCACUUCCAACGCAACACGACACGGUCUUCGGAUGGUCGAUAUACAGUUGCUCUUCCCUUUAAGAACACCAUAAAAAAUCUCGGCGACUCCAAGCAGAUCGCCUUGAAAGGGUUCCACAACUUGGAAACAAGACUAGCCAAGGACCCGGAACUAAAGACCCAAUACGAGUCAAUAAUGGAAGAGUAUGUCAGACUCGGACAUAUGACGCUCUCUCACGACACCCAGCCGGGAUUCUACCUGCCCCACCACGCUGUCAUCAAGGCCAGCAGUCAGACGACAAAGAUUCGUGUCGUCUUUGACGCGUCUGCAAAGUCCAGUUCCGGGACAUCACUGAACGACACGCUGAUGACAGGCCCGACAAUUCAAGACGACAUGCAGACAUUGUUGCUACGAUUCCGCCUUCACCCGUACGUAAUCACGGGCGAUAUCGAGAAGAUGUAUCGGCAAUUCUGGAUACGCCCAGAAGACCGAAGAUAUCAACGAGUCGUCUGGCGAGACAACCAGGGGAAGAUACAAACCUACCAACUGAACACCGUCACGUUCGGCGUCUCAGCGGCUCCGUACCUGGCAACACGGUGUCUGAAGCAAUUAGCCAUGGAUGAAGCCGAUCGCUUCCCCAUAGCAUCAAGAAUCGUCCAGCGGGAUUUCUAUGUAGAUGACUUGAUCACGGGCGCUCAGACGAAACAAGAAGCCAUCCGACUGAGGGAAGAAUUAACACAACUUUUGGAGGUCGGCGGGAUACACAUCCGGCAAUGGGCAUCUAACGAUGAAUCCAUACUACGGGGACUGCCCGAGGGGACCAUAAAAAUCAAUCUGUCCGAGCAAGAUUCGACAUUCAAAACACUGGGCCUGUUUUGGACUUCGACCACCGACACCAUUAAUUACUCGGUCAAUCCGAUCGACGUGGACCAUAAGAUCAGCAAACGGACCAUGCUCGCCCAGAUUGCAAAAAUAUACGACCCAUUGGGACUACUUGGACCCGUGAUAGUCGUAGCCAAACUCCUAAUGCAAUCUCUUUGGCAAUUGAACUUGGACUGGGACGAAUCCGUCCCGGCACACAUCCACACCACCUGGCGAGAGUACUGCACGCAACUUCGGCUACUAAACGAACUCACCUAUCCUCGGCAUUCUACACUAAGGGAAGCAGACGACAUACAGAUACACGGGUUCUGCGACGCAAGCGAGAAGGCCUACGGUGCUUGCCUAUAUUUGAGGUCAACGCAUAAAAAUCAAGUCCAAUGCCAUCUCCUCUGUGCGAAAUCUCGAGUCGCCCCCCUCAAGACAGUGUCCCUACCCCGGUUGGAACUAUGCGGGGCAGGACUGUUAGCGAAUCUAUACUACAGCGUAGUGCAAGGCACGAAGAUCAACGCAAGCCAAACAAUAUUCUGGACAGAUUCAACAAUCACACUACACUGGAUCAACACCGAACCCAAGCUAUUGAAGACAUUCGUCGCAAAUCGUGUAUCAAACAUACAACAAAGAACAACUGCAAGUAACUGGAGACACGUGCCCACCGAUCAUAAUCCUGCCGACCUCUUAUCCAGAGGCUUGCUCCCUCAAAGGUUUCUACAAACCAACAUCUGGAACCACGGACCCGACUGGCUGGUACGGCCAGAUUCACAAUGGCCAGUACAACCAUUAAGCAUACCGUCACAACUGCCAGAAGUAAAAAAACACCUCUGCCUGAUGACCGACACGCAACCGGAACUAAUCUGGAACCGCUUCUCAUGUUUCAACAAACUUGUCAGGACCAUCGCCUACUGCAUGCGAUUCAAAAAACCGAAGCUACAUCGCGGACCUCUCAGCACAGAAGAAUUGGAAGGAGCACACGAUCGGAUAAUAAGAUUGGUGCAACACAGCCACUGGAGGUCGUCUACAUCGAUCCAACUUGCCAUACAACAGAAGACAUCAAAUCAUCAUCCCGAAGACACAUCAUGUUACAUCGCUAAUAAUCAGUCAAUAUCAUACAAGAAACUUCCAUGCAGGAACAUUGGCCACGCUUCAUUGCAUUAG